AUGUUGAGCACGUUGACCCGUCGACUCCGCGCUGAUAAGCCGCUCGCAACGGAAUAUCACCUGUUUCUCGCGGAAUACGAACGACUCAAUCAUAUGAGACCAGCCGUGCGCUCUCAAAGCGACGGGGAACAAUCCGUCUACAUUCCGCAUCACGGCGUUAUUCGGGAAGGCAGCGCGAUCUCCCACAUGCGCGUCAUGUUUAACGCUUCGAGCGUGACUUCCAACGGUACGUCUUUAAACGACCAUUUGCUCGCGGGACCGAAAUUACAAAACGAAAUCACUGCCGUAAUCUUACGCUGGCGUCAAUAUCAGUACGUCUACUCGGCAGAUAUAGCAAAAAUGUAUCGCCAGACUCGCCUCGAUCAUCGUGACAUCAAUUAUCAACGUAUUCUUUGGCAACCGUCAACUCUUGAACAUCCGACCGAUUAUCAAUUGCUAACGGUGACUUAUGGAAUGUCAUGCGCGCCUUUUCUCGCUCUUCGCGUCUUGAAACAAUUAGUUCAGGACGAGGGUCAUCUCUUUCCGCUUGCGGCCCCCGUUCUCCGCGACAAUAUUUACGUCGACGAUGUUCUUUUCGGCGCGAACGACGUGCAUCUAAUAAAACAAAUACGGGAUGAGGUAGUCUCUCUUUUGAAACGCGGUUGUUUCGAAUUACGAAAGUGGGCGAGCAAUUCGUCCUCUUUGCUCUCUGAUAAUGACGGCGCGGAUUUCGGCUUGGCAUGUAAUAAGCAGCUCGCUCAAGACGAGCAACUGAAGAUUCUCGGAAUCGGGUGGAAUCCGGCCACCGAUGUUUUUGAAUUUCGCGUGUCCCUCACGGAACUCGUUCCAACUAGCAAGCGCGCUAUUCUCUCAACCAUCGCGAAGCUUUACGACCCGUUAGGGUGGGUAACUCCGGUGACUAUAACAGCAAAGAUUCUAAUGCAAACCUUAUGGCGAUUAAACCUCGAUUGGGACGAUCCUAUUUCCGCGAACCUUCUCGAUAAGUGGAAAGAAAUUUACCAUCGAAUCAGGCUCCUUGGCCAGUUACAGAUCCCUCGCUGGAGUGGCCUCGGCCCGGAUAUCCAUCUCGCGGAGCUCCACGGAUUUGCCGACGCGUCAAAUGUCGCGUACGCCGCCGUCGUUUACCUUAAAGUCGUUUCUCCUUCAGGCUCUGUCACGAUUACGUUGCUCGCCGGUAAAGCCAAGGUCGCGCCGUUGAAACCUCUAAGCGUACCUCGUCUCGAGUUAUCGGCCGCUCAGCUUCUCGCGCGACUCAUGGACUUCGUUCGCGAAACUAUUGGAGUAAAGUCUCUCCCGUACUAUUGCUGGACGGAUUCCACCAUUGUACGUGCUUGGGUCACUCAGCAUCCCUCUCGAUGGAAGACUUUUAUCGCCAAUCGCGUUCUGGAAAUUCAGUCUCGCCUUCCACACGGAGAGUGGCGGCAUGUGUCAACCGACGACAACCCCGCGGAUUGCGCUUCGCGCGGACUCUUCGGUGAUGAGAUUCUUGUUCACGAUCUCUGGUGGCGCGGUCCGCUAUGGCUUCGCCUUGGGAUUGACGACUGGCCACGUCAGGAAACUAGUCUCCCGCGAGAUGCUCCUCUCGAGGAGAGAAUUGUCGCUUUGCAGUGUUCGCCGCCGCUCCCGGAGUGGGAUCUAGCAUCACGUUACUCAACAUGGCCAAAGCUUAUCCGCUGUGACGUGACGCCCGGCAAGGGCGCCGUCACAAGGGCAAAGGACCGGCCGAGCGAGGAACCUGGGGUCGCGCCCUCCCACGUAGGAGGGAACGCGAUCCCUAAAGGUUAG